GCUUGAAGGAGGUGUUAGAGCUUCUUAUUAUUUUCUGUUUGAUAAUUAUUAGGCUAUUUUGCCAAUACAACAUAUCUGUUCUUGAUUUGGGUUACGCCCGGAAACCACCACGCCUCCCUCCCAUCCGAUGGAGCAGACACCGUCCCCCGCGUCGGAACAACCAUCACCAACAACCACCACUGCCCCAUCUCUUACCACCACAUCCUCCACUACUUCACCUGAACAACCACAACAAUCUCAAACGCAACCACUCUCAUCUACAUCAUCAUUACAACCUCUUCCUCCUUCCGUAAACCCUAACCCUAAACACCCAAACCCUCCAGUAUCACAGCCAAUACAACCUCAAUCCCUAAAUCCAAUGUUGAGAACUCCAUUUAACCGCCCCUGGCAACAAAACACUCCUCCUUUCCCUCACUUUUCUUCGAUAACCAAUCACUCCACCGCCCCUUCUUCUUCUCCUUCUUCUUCUUCUUUAACUUCCAUCCCACCGACACAAAGGGGUGGAAUGGCCAUUGGAGUUCCUGCACAUGCUCCUUCGCCGCAGCCGCCCACUUCGUUUUCGUCAUUGACACCUUCGUUUGGUUCGCAGUUUGGUGGAUUAGGUCGUACUGGUAGUGUUAGUGUCCCCGAAUCUGCAUCCAGUACCAGUACUGCCCAGGUGAGGCAAUCAAUAUCCGGAAUGAUGGGAUCUCUUGGUUCCAGUUCUGCUUUGCGGCCAAGUGGGGUUGCUGCAUCCCAUCCACAGAGACCUCUCCAGUCUUCUCUUAGACCACAAACAGGUGCUAACAAUCAGUCAGCAGCUGCACAAAAUUUCCAAGAGCAUGGCCUUUUAAGACUUCCAUCAGUGGGAUCUCCAGGCUCACCAGCACCUAGUACACCACAAAGCUCACAGCCUCAUAAUCAGCCAUGGCUGUCCUCUGGGUCACAAGGGAAGCCUCCCCUGCCACCUCCAUCAUUCAGACCACAAAUGAGCUCUCAAUCAUUGCAGCAGAGAUCCCACAUACCAUCUCAACAGCAAAGUACCAUGUCAACACCCACACAGCAACCUCAAACGUCCUCGUCCUUGCAGUCACAGUCAUCUUCAUUGUCGCAGCAGCCACAAGAGCAUUACUCAUUACCACCAUCAAGGGUUCCACAAACUUUGACCCAUCAACAACAGUUGGCAAGAAAUCGUGGAUUGGGGAACCAAAGACCAUUCGCUCCUGCUCUUGGACAACCUAGCUCAGUUGCACCACCACCUGCAUUUAACAGAACACCUGCUGUUGUGGAGGCUAGCGAGUCUUGUAACAGGAUCAUAAGCAAAAGAAGCAUUCAAGAGAUAGUUGCUCAGAUUGAUCCAGCUGAACGAUUGGAUCCUGAAGUGGAAGACAUUCUUGUUGAUAUUGCUGACGAGUUUGUUGAAUCUGUCACAACCUUUGCUUGCUCUUUGGCCAAGCAUCGUAAAUCAAAUACGCUGGAGUCCAAGGACAUUCUUCUGCAUCUGGAAAGAAACUGGAACAUGAGUCUUCCUGGGUUCGGUGGAGAUGAGAUCAAGUGCUACAAGAAACCAUUUGUUAAUGAUGUUCACCGAGAGCGAGUGGCUGCAAUAAAGAAGUCGAUUAGUGCUGCUGAGACAUCAAAUACAAAGAGUUCGGGUGGACAGGCUGGUGGUGGCGCUAAAGGUCAUCCAGCAAAGGCACCUGGUGUCGUUAUUGGUUCCCCAAACCCAAAGGUUCGCGAUGCUACAUAAAUGAUCACUUGUAGAUUUCAUAGAAAAUGCUAGCAUCUGCCAGUUAAAAAUGUACAAAUGUUGAGAGUUUAUUUUAUCAUAGAUGUUUUUAGAAUUGACAAGUUCCAUUGUCUGAAUUUGGGGUUUCUUGCAGCCACAGAACAUGGUCUGAAGUCUCAACUGAUUUAGGAACAUAAGAUGUUAAAAAUCAGUGUCUGAUCUCUUUUAGUUAACCCGUAUUUCAUCAUAUCAACAAUGAUGUGUUUGAUUCAGAGAUUUUACACGAUUGUUGGUUAUAUGCAUUUAAAUUAAUUGUUUUAGGUAAUUUCUUAUUGUAUAUUUGGUUUAGAGGUUUACUUC